GCCAGAUACCAACCUCCUGCUCGUGCUUUUUUUUCUCUCUCUCCAUCCAUCUUCGCUCUGGGUAUCCUCGUAGUUGUUUGAAGGGACGUGGGCAAGGCCGAGACCAUGAUGCUUGGCAAGAUCGCCACCCACCUUCGGCCGGUCGCGGCCACGGCCGCCGUCUUGCCCCUCAGCCGGGCCACCUAUGCCAAGGCCAGUCGCCGAGCGAAGAAGGGCCACGCCGAGAUCCUGGACGCCCUUCUGGCCGAAAGCCCGGCCGCGGCGGCUUCGCUUUUCCCCGGGCGCGGGCCUGCUCAUCCGGCCACAAAUGCUGCUGCUGCUGCUGCUGCUGCGGCGGCGGCGGCGGCGGCGACGACGGCGGCGACGGCAACGCAUCCCCCCAGCCUGUCCGUCCUCGAGGGCUUGUCAUCGAUCGAGCUGGCAGAUCGGCUCCCUGUGGCUGAAGCCGUGGGGGCGGACACCUUGACCGAGGAUCCUGGGCCCGAGGGGGACAUCCGGUCCGGGGAUCUGGUGCAGGCGCGCCACCGGGGCCCAGUUCCUUUGACCCGUGAGCGCGAUCUUGUUGUUGUUCUGUCUCCCAUGCGGUCGGCUGUCAAUGCCAGCAUCCUAGCACGGACAUGCUCCGCCCUCGGUGUCCGGGCGCUGGUUAUCGCCGACUCGACCAAUGCCAAGCUCCACGCGGAGAUUGCCCGUGUGGUGCCGGAUUCCUAUGUCCCCGAGGCCGGGGCCGGAGCUGUCCGGCCGUUGGACAUCCGUCGCGCACGCACACUUCUCCCCUCUCUGCGGCGUCUCCGACAGGAGGGCUACUCGCUGGUUGGCCUGGAGCAGGCGGACCACGCCGUGUCCACAGGCAGCACCACCGGCGAGCCUCCUGCCCGUGGGUCCUCUUGCCUCUAUGGGUUUUCCUUCCCUCGGAAGGUGGCUUUGAUUAUCGGCAACGAGCGCGCCGGCAUUGCUCCGGAUGUCUUGCGCAUGUGUGACCAUGUUGUGGAGAUCGCCAUGCAUGGCUUCAGUGGCGAGGACGUCGGAUCCGAGAUGGCACCCUCUGCGGUCGGUGCCUCCCAUCGGAGCCCCCGCCAAUCGACCGAUCCGUGGGCCACCCCUCGGCCUGAGGUAGCCAGCCCCGGCGCCGGCCCCGCUGGCUCGAGGUCCCAGACAGCCACCGCCCCCGGUGCUCUCUCCCCCUGCAGUCUGAAUGCCGGGGUGGCCGGGAGCAUUGCAAUCUGGGAGUAUUGCCGGCAGUACCCGCAGGGAUGAGAGCUGGCACACGUGAUCAGCGACAUAGAGAUCACACACCCUCGCGCCUCUUUCUCCCUACGCAUCCUCGCUCCAGGAACAUGCACACACGCACAAAUGCACAAAUGCAUACACACA